UUGUCACAAUCUCCACCAAUGAAAACGCGACAAAUUUGACGUUUCAACUAACCUCACUAUUUUUUCAAAACAAAUCAGCGAUUUUUUAAAUGGGCAAAUAUUCGAGCGAUUCGGAUAGCGAAAAGCGGAAAAGCUACAAAAGUAGAUCAAAGCGCAGAUCGAGCUCGUCGAGUUCGUCCGAGUCCAGAAGCCGCAAACGGCGCCACAACAGAAGCCGCAGCCGCGACAGGUACUCCAAAUCUAGGAGGUCCUCCAAGUCGCGGAGACGGUCCCGAUCGCGGCACAGAGACCGCCACAGGAGGCACCGGAGGUCGAGGUCAUACAUCAAGGAGUAUACGAGCAAGCCACGGCGACGCUCAACCUCCUCCUCGAGCGACUCUGAACCCAAAAACGAGGAAAUCCCCAAAAAUGAAGCGAGGAAGUCACCGGAAGUGUCAAAGGUCGACGUGAAAGUCGUCAACGCCAUCAACGAGGAGGGCUUCACCCCCAAAAGCUACACAAGCAAGUCAAAAAUGAUGGAAAAUAUCGUCAUUGAUUUGAAGAAACAGACGAUCAAAGUGCCGGAGGUUGAACCAGUGGAGCCCGAUAGUAUUUUCCAUCAUAAUCUUUUUUUGAACGAGGAAGCAAGGAUGGAGAAGUGGAUUAAGGAAUUGUAUGGCUACAGGCAAAGGGCGCUCCAACAGGGGCUCAAGACUGUAGAGAAAUAAUUGUCACCUUAAAAUAAACAAGUUUAAAAUUA